AUGUGUCACGGACACCCUCACUACCAUCCCUGCUCGCACACAUCGGUCAAGUGGCUGUACUGUCCGGAAGCCAUGUUCGACCUAGACACCGGAUAUGAGACACCCUGCUCGAACCCGAUCUACUCGACACCGCAGCCAACCAAUGUCGACUGCCCCCUGCAGAACUGCAAUUUCAAGGCCCUGAUGGGGAGCUGGAAUUGUUGCGUAUGUGGAAAGGGUCCCAACACUCAGGGAUGGUGCACCGCGUUGAGCCAUAGGAUGGACUGGAAUCCGCUCACGGGGCAAGUCGAGAACAUGGAGGUGCCAUCGACGUCGCGAGGCGGAAGUCCAGAAAUAUCGUUCGCGGAUGUUCGAAAGGGGAAGGGUAGUCGCAAGAUCCACGGCGCCGCGCGAGGUGCCGCCGCACACAAGCGAGGAACAGCGUACGACUUCGGCCACAACAGUGGGAGCUGCCCCCCUGUCCCCGAGGAAACCGAACAGGUUACCGUACCGACAGUGGCCGCUUCAAUGUCCCGGGGAUCCCGUCGAUCCAGCCACGAUACGAGCACCGAGUACACCAAAAAGCCAAAAAUACAGAAUGGGAAGAAGAAAUCACAUAGGGGUCGUGGACAUCAUUGA